GGGAGCUGGCAGCAGCCUAAGGAAGUUGUUGGAAGUUAGGUUGGAAGAUGUGAGCAGCGACUUACAGGAAAAGCUGCUGCUUCUGGCAGGUAUUGUUGUGUAGGUUUUUUAAUCAAGCACAGCAAAUACUUGGCAAUUAUCUCGUAAGGAGAAGCCCUGGGCUGCAGCAUAGCUCCUAGUGGUCCAUUGUAAGCAUAAGGGAAUGGACCAAAGUGUUUGGGUCUUGUAUGUGUCAACCCUUUAAUGCCUUUUCUGAAAAGACUUGGAGUCAAAACCUUCGUGAUAUUCUGAAGAGAUGCUGGUUUUAUCAGAGUAGCUCAGCUUCCUAGGCUGUCUAUCCUGAAGACUGGACUUUUGCCAGCCUGCUAGCUUGUUGCCGUGGAAACACCUAAACCCACCUAGAUUUGUAGAAGUAAGGAAGAGCAUGGACACCUCUGCACCUCGCUUGUGCGAGUGGCCAUGUGGAUGUUGUUACAUAUCUAGUGGAAAACAAGUGUAAACUAAAUCUUCUUGACAAUGAUAACAGAUCACCGCUGAUGAAGGCAGUACAGUGCCAGCAAGAAGAGUGUGUGGCUAUUCUGCUAGAGCAUGGUGCUGACCCGAAUCUGGCAGAUGCUGAUGGCAACACUGCCCUUCACCUCGCUGUCAUAUCUGCUAAUACAUCUGUAGCAGGGCUGUUACUUGAGCAUAAUGCCAAUAUUGAUGCUCACAAUAAGGAGGGAUAUACCCCGCUUUUUCUUGCUGUCUCUGAACAUCAUGAAGAGAUAGUAGAGUUGCUCCUUAAAAAAGGAGCUGAUGUGCAUGCUCGAGAUCAGUGUGAAAGUCUUAGUGAACAACUGGCAGAAUACACAGACUGGGAAAACACAGGAGAAGCUUCUGCAGGUGGUGCACAAGGCAUCACGGUACUUAGCACUCCUCACCGGACGGGAGCUGCUGGCUUUACGUUGGGUGCACCUGCUAUGGACAGAGGAGGAAUGCAACAAUCUCCUAACCAGACAUCAAGAACAGGAAAAUCAAGGAAAGCAAUAGAUGACUUUUCCCAAGGAGACUCAAUCAGAAGCUCUGAGAAAGAGGGGAGUGAUGACAGUUGGCAUACUUCUGAGGAAGAAGAACUCGAUUUUACCCCCAAGAAGCUGCAGAAGCCAAACUUGACACUGCUAAUGAAAGCUUCCCAGCUGUUCAGGAAAAACAAUGAUGGUGAUGGUUCUAAAAUUGAAAGUCCUAAGACACCAAAGAGCCGCCUCAAACAAAGAACCCCGUCACAUGCAAACCUGAACAAAGGAGUACGUGGAGAAUUGUUGAAUCAAGAUGUCUCAGAUGGAAGCAACUUUGAGGAAGAAGAAUUGGAGGAGAAGGAUGAUGAUGAAAAUGAGAAUGGAGAUGAUGAUGAUGAAGAUUCUGAGGAGGAGGAGGAGGAUGAAGAGGAUGAAGAUCUGGAAGAUGAAGAAACUCGGUCUAAUGACAUACUGGAGGAGGAGCAGGGAGAGAAAUCAGAACCUAAACGGAAAAUUAAUCAGAAAUUGGAGUAUUUUAGUAAUGCUAAGUUUGAAGGGCAAGCUCAGUGUGGAACUGGAGAUGUCUAUGAUGAUAAAAUAAGUAAAGAACUUGAUGAAGAGGUGGAGGAAUCUGUUGAUACUCCUGUGUCUUUUAUAGCUGGGUGUUUUGAAAGCUGCAGGAAAAUGUAACUGCCAUGUCUCCAAAGAGAAUGAAUAACGAAGUAUCUUGCAAGUCAGUACCAAAACAACCUGUCUUUCAAAAUGUAAAUAAUUUGCAAAAUACACAAGAAAGCUGGGGCAGGAAAAGCAUGAUUCAGAAGUUUCACGAGAAUGCUGACUCCUUUUUGGCAGACUCUGAAAUGACAGGCUGUAAAAAAGAGCUACUUCAGCCUCUCUCACAUAGUUGUGGUCUUAAAGAGAAAAAGUCGAACUUUGGUGAUGACUUUGAAAGUGGUAAUAAUUCUUCGUCAGCAGCAAAAAACCUAAGGCUUCAAAGUCAAAGACAGAACUCUGUCGUUCUUGAACACAUGGAUGAUGAAGAUACCGAAGAAGAGCAAUAUGAACAAGUAGAUGAUAAAGUCUGUGAAGCACUGAAACAAAGUGAAAGCUUGCACUCAAAUAGGUGUGAAGAAAAUUUAAGAGCAGCAUUUCACUCAAGCACCAGAGAAGAAUCACCUCAACGGGAAGAAGAGGGGAAGGAAGACACUGGUGAAGAGCUCCGAACUACAGUUGUUGAGAGUGUGAAAAAUUCUAUUUGUAAUGAUAGCCAUCAAGUCCACAAUGCUUCAAAAGGCAAUGCUGGUGAGAGAAAUGAGUUGGUAAACAUGGAUCCCAAGUCUUCCUCUACAAAUAUUAAUACAGAGUGAAAGAACUAAAAGGGUGAUUGACUUCUGAGCCAAUUUUUCCCCUUGCCUGUGAAUCCUAGUGGGCAUUGGCAGAGAAGGAAAGCAGCUUA